AUGCUGCUACAACGUCUUGUGGUAAUGUUUUACUCGCUCUGGGCGCUUUUACAGCGGAUUAAGCACAAGAAAUGGAUUUUGCUUGUGAUUGCCAGCUUCUAUAUGGGCAUACGAUCUACACUUAAAGAACCAUUCGUUGGCAAGUUGCGUGAAGUUGUUAUCAAUCAAAUGGCUACAGAGACCAAAGACGAUGGUGUCCACAUGUUGCCGACGCCUAUUGUAGCGCCAUGGACUAACACGAGCUUUGAAUGCGUCGGGUGGAAGCGUAUUCAUUCAUGCAGACAAGAGAAAACAAACGAUAACGCAGAGAUAAUGGCAGAACCUGAGAAAGAUCUGUUAGGCUGCUCGGAAGAGAUUGGGACACAAAUGGCUGGCUAUUGUAUUGUACGGAAUCGUACGUCCGGCGACUUGUACAAGCUUAUGAUCACCUCGUGCGACUCAUUGCCUACGGGGUAUUACACGUGCGAUAUGGCACGAGAUUUCUCAGAGUUUGGAUACCAUUCGAAGAGAUAUAAACACACUCCUGUGGCGCCAACGUUAGCACUUCCGCUUGCGGCGACAAGCAAGCGUGAGCCUACGAAUGGCGUGUUGAUGAUUAUUUAUGAUCGUAUAUUGCCGUCGGCGUAUGCUACUAUUCGAAUGUUGCGUGUUCAGGGUUGUGAGCUUCCUGUUGAGUUAUGGUAUCGACCAGAUGAAAUGUCAAUUGACAACCCCAUCGUAUACAAGCUACUGUUGGACUACAAUGUACGGGUUCGACCAAUUCUCGACAGUCGUGCAAUGGGAUUUCAUGUCAAGCCGUAUGCAGUGUAUUACAGUAGUUUUGACAAUAUUUUGCUGCUAGAUGCAGACAACUUGCCAGCUAAAGACCCAACGUAUCUGUUUGAGGAGCCGGAAUUUUUACGCACGGGUGCUAUCUUCUGGCCUGACUAUUGGCAACCAUCCAACUCGCUCUUUCAGUUAUCAAACACAAGUCUUUUGUGGCAGCUUACGGGUGUGAAUUACGUGGACAUGUUUGAGCAAGAAAGUGGCCAGGUAUUGAUCGACAGAUUGCGUAGCAAACGUGCUCUGGACAAGUUGAUGUAUUACUCGACACAUCAGCCUCGAUUACUGGAGAACUUACACCUUCUUUGGGGAGACAAAGACCUAUUCCGACUAGCUUGGCUUAGCAGCAGCCAGCCAUUUCACUUUAUUACAUAUCCACCUGCAGUAGGUGGCUUAAAUUUGCAGGAAGAGAAGGGUGUAUUCUGCGGACUUGCCAUGAUUCAGCACGAUGUGCAGGGCAAUCUUGUGUUUUUCCACCGCAACUCCAUCAAGUUGGACGGGAAGCCAGGUCAGCCACGCCUUAUGAGCCACAUUCAGGAGUAUUCCCUGGAAGGCAAUCCCCGCAAUUAUCGCAUUUUUCAGGCUGUAAACGCAUACAAUAAAGAAUGCUGCUACUACAUUGGCACGGACACAUUGCCAGAUGGACGACCAGCUACUCAACUUACACCUAUUGAUUCGACAAUAUACGCGUCUCUUGAAGAUAUGGCAAUCCAAUUCUCUGUUGAGGCACGACAAUUACUAAUCGAUGAUGCCAUUGCUAACAAUCUUGGCUUUUGGUCUAUGCGCGUGCAGUAUAUCACGGCCGUGUUUUUGCUGGUUUACGUGCUUGGAAUCAUUACGUUCGUGUGGUUUAAGGGUCGUCCUGCACGUGAACGACUUCCUAGUCGUUGGCAACCCAUGGAUUCAAAGGAGAGCUAG